AUGGCGUGGCGGCCGGAGCUGGGGCGGCUGGCGCAGGAGGCGGCGGCGCUGGCGGGCGCGGUGCGCGGCGCCCUGGGGCCGCGGGGCGGGCGGGCGCUGCUGGUGCGGCCCACCGGCGAGGCGCUGCUGACGCGGGACGGGCGGCGCCUGCUGGAGGCGCUCAGCCUGGAGCCGCCGACGGCCAGGAUGAUGGCGGCCUGCGCCUGCAGCCACCGCGCCGCGACGGGGGACGGCGCCAAGACGUUCGUGGUGCUGCUGGCCGGCGUGCUGGGCGGCCUGCGGGCGGUGGGUGGCGGCGGCGGCGGCCUGCGGCGGGCGCUGCGGGCCUUCGAGGCGCAGGUGCUGGAGCGGGCCGUGGCGCAGGGCCUGCGGGGGCACCUGCUCUCGGCUCUCCCCGGGCGGCAGGGGGAGGCGGGUGCCCUGGAGGCGCUGCUGGAGGCCUACCUGGCCGGCCGGCUGGGGCCCGGGGAGCGGCGGCGCCUGGCGCGGCUCUGCUGCGAGUACUGCCGCCGCUGCGCCCCGGCCGCCGCCCCCCGCCCGCAGGUGCUGCGCUUCCUCGGCCGCCGCUUCGCGGAGCUGCACGCCGCCGUGGCCGGCCUUCCCGUGGCCAGCUCCAGGGUCCUGCCCGGGCUCGUCCUCCGCAGGGACUUCGCGGCCUACUGCCCGGCGGGAGGGGACCUGCGGGUCCUGCUCGUCACCGAGCCCCUCCGGCCAGCCCUCUCGGCCCCCGGCGUCGAGUUUGUUGUCGACUCCGAGGCUCAGUAUCAGGCCUCCCUGCGCUGGAUCACAAGGAGGACAGAAGCCUUAAUGAAACACUUGCAGAGCAACGACGUUAAGCUGUUACUGUCGAGCGUGAAGCAAGAGGAAGUAGUUAUCUACUACGCGAAAUUAUACGGUGUAUCUGUGGUAGAGUGCUUAUCGUCGGAAGAAAUGGCCCUUAUCUGUGAAAUCACAGGAGUCUCGCCUUAUGCACCUUUUGGUGAUAACAUAUACGGAGAAAUCACUGAAGCCGCAGUGGCAACGUUUUGCCAGCCCUUGCUGCUCGGCUCAAAGAGAUGCGUUCACAUUGGCUUCACCAGUGUGUGCGCCUUUCAGCCCCAUUGCCUAAUUCUUUGUGGGCCGGUCGACGGUGUUAACGAGCAACAUGCUACUGCUUUACAAGGGGCAUUUACAAUGCUGCAGCAGCUAUUUAAAACAGUUGAUCAGAGGGAGGAACACAAAGCAGAAGGUGAAAGGCAGAAUGCAGCCUCAGAGGUUUGCAGUUGGCAUUCUUCAGCUACUCAGAAGCAACUCGUAAUAGAAAAUAUUUCUUGUAACAGUAAUCGGGUUUCUGAAUGUCAACUGAAAGCACAUAGGGAUGAAACAGAGAUGCAAAUUGUAGACUCUGAUUUGCAGGGAAGUGAAAAUCCAGCAUGUGUGCCAACAGACUUGCAAAUGCCCUCAAAUCCCGUCUCACACAUCAAAGAAUUCAAUGUUGCCACUGAAGGAGAUGGCUCUUCAACAGACGUACAGAAACCACAUGCAAAGUGUGAGCAUCCGGGUGACGUGCGUGAGAACUGUAUAAGCGAUUCACUUGUGGACAAUCAAAAGAACUACAGCACUGCUGUAUUAGCAGUAUGUAAUGCUAAUACAGUCGCUGCGUGUGAACGCCUAGAUGUUGGCAAAGAUCUAGAGGAAACAAGUUGCAAUAUAGUUCCAUUUAAACAUGAAAAGAGUUGUGUAAGUAUUGCACAGAAUUAUUCCAACUCGCUCAUAGAAGCAGGAUCAGUUUUGCCAGUAGGAGGUUACUUUGAAAUCCUGUUACAUUAUUAUAUUCAGUACUAUGCAAAACAGUUUCAGCAGUCAGAGGUAGCUGUCAUAUCUAAUGUAGUUGCUGAUGCUUUGCUAAGUAUUCCCAAGUCCUUGUACAGGACAACAGAACAAAACCGCUUUACCAAAUUCUAUCUCAAAGCCAUAAAUGCACUCAGAAAAAAUCAGCCACUGCCUACGAGCGAGAGAGGCUUAGAAUUGGUGUAUUGCAAAUACCAGUUAGUCAUUUCAGUUCUUCAUUGUGUUACAGAGCUUCUCUCCAUAGAUUUAAUAAUUGGUAUUAAGUGUCCGCUGCAAAAAAUUGAGGAUUAUGACUCAGAAGAUGACUUCUGAAAUCAUUAAUAAAGAAUGUUUUUGAUUAUGUGUUUUCCUGUGUCUUCUUGUCAAAUGGA